CCUGUUCAUGCAGAGACAAAAACUACGAUCACUUGCACAAAAGGCUGGGGAAUCAGAUUCCAAAUAUGUAAAGAGAGUCAUAUCAGUUGCAAAGUUAUGCGACUACGAGGAUGUUAUCUUGGUAGAACAGGUAGCGGACGCAGUUCAGUCACAUGCUACUAAUCGAAAGGUACGAGAACUGGCAAGAAGGAUUCUACGUAAAGGGGGACAUCUCGGAGAAUUGCUCGAAGAAGUUCGAGCCGUGGAAAUGGAUGAAUCAAACGAAGAGAUGUAUGCUAAGAACCAUCAAAUACCUAAACCGAUUCAAGUGGCAGCAGUUGCUGUGAACAAAGCCAAGAACGAAGAUAAUCGAUUCGGUAAUCAGCGAUACCCACGUAAUUAUCGACGACCUGACGGUAAUUGGAGAAGUGCUACAGGUAGAGGAUUUGGCCGUCGUGGAUAUGACAGAAGCGCAGCAUCUCAGCAAUACCGAUGUUGGAGAUGCUUGAGCAAUCGACACGAUGCUUCAACAUGUUGGAGUAUUCAGCAGAAUUGCCACAAUUGCCAACGGAUGGGACAUGUAGCACGGGCUUGCCGUCGAACAUCUGCUACGGGUCCGAUGAAACGUCUUAUUAGCGACGAUGACGGAAGCGUCACCUCUUCAUCUAAGAAAGUUGCCAUCGUCAAGAAUGAUGAGGAAGAAGCUGAAAAUCCAAUCAAAAAAAUAUAUCAACCGAAAAUGACUACUUUUAGAGACGAUAACUAUUCCAAGGUUAAAAGAGAAUUCACUGCAUGCGAAAAUGAUGGGAACAUAAUCGGCAACACGAUCACGGAAUCAUACGAAUGCAUAUCCAGUGUAAAAAAAGUGGUUGAGUUUAAUGGAACUGAAGUAAUUAUUGGAAAGAUAGCAGGGAUAGAAAUUCCCUUCCUAAUAGACUCAGGUGCAGACGUGAAUACAAUUGGAGGUGAUACAUUCGAAGAAUUGAUGAGAGGAGAAUCAUCACAGCUACUUUGUGUUCAACGCGGCACAGACAAGCCAUUGAAAGCAUAUGCAUCCUCAGAUCAAAUAGAAGUUAUCGCCACAUUCGUGGCAGAACUGACCAUAAGUGACGAUCGACCUCGUUACCGAGAGAAAUUUUAUGUGAUUGACCAAGCACGAGCAUUAUUGGGAAGGGACACUGCUAUUAGGUACAGUGUCCUACAGUUGGGUCUGAGCGUUCCGAUUCAGGCAGAACACCUGGGCAAAUUUGCUGGAGAAAUUUAUUCUUUGAAUGUAUCGGAUGAGUUCCCAAGAUUCAACGUUCCACCAGUAAUUCUCAGAUACAAUGAAUCUAUCCCGCCAUCAAGAAGAAUCUUUACAAACAUUCCUCCGGCUUUCAAAGCGGAGACCGAGCGGCGCAUCGGCGAUUUAUUAACUUCCGGAAUAAUUGAACGAGUCACUGAUUCAAUGGACAAAUCUUACUGUUCUUCACUUUUGGUGGUGCCCAAGGGUAAAAAUGACAUAAGAUUAGUGGUGGACCUCAGAGGUCCAAACAAAGCGAUCAUUCGGACUCCAUUCAAGAUGCCGACAUUGGAAUCUAUUCUCACUGAUUUACCGGAUUGUAAGUGGUUUUCUACGAUAGACCUGACCAGUGCUUUCUUCCACGUGGUUUUGGACGAAAGUUCACGUCACUUGACCAAUUUUUUUGCGGGAGAUGCUAUGUAUCGAUUCCAAAGACUCCCAUUUGGCUUAACCAACGCUCCGGAUAUAUUUCAGGAGGUAAUGCAGACAGUAGUACUGGCAGAAUGUGCAGGUGUGCGAAACUAUCUCGACGACGUACUGGUAUCCGGAAAAACUGAACAAGAACAUGACAAGAAUUUGGAGAACGUAUUGAGGAAGCUGAAAGAACACAACGUACGCAUAAACAGAGAGAAGUGUGUAUUCAAGCAGCAAUCAGUAAAAUUUAUUGGUUUCAAAUUAGGACAUGACGGUCUCAGAGUUGAAGACGAAAAGCUAAAAGCCAUUCGGAGUUUUCGUAAACCAGAAACACAGCAAGAAGUGAAGAGUUUUUUGGGACUAAUGAACUUCACGGAACGCUUUAUCCCCUACAGAGCAGACAAAACUAUGAAGUUGAGAGAAUUAGCGAAAUCAGAUUGCUUUUACUGGAGUGAAAGCGAAGAGGCAGAAUUUGAAUUCUUGAAAGAGGAAGCGUUGAAAACAAUAUCAAAGCUGGGAUAUUUCAAUAUUGACGACGACGCAGAGCUCUACGUUGAUGCUUCUCCUACCGGGCUAGGGGCCGUACUGACGCAGUUCAACAGUGGAAGAGUUCCAAGAGUAAUUUCCUGUGCAUCCAAGGCAUUGACUGCAGCAGAAAUGAAGUAUCCGCAAACACAACGAGAGGCGCUUGCAAUGGUAUGGGGAAUCGAAAGAUGA